CGGACGUGACGUGCAAAGGUAAACAGAGAGAACCUGUGACGUCAAACGAUCCAGGAAAUCAAACAUUAGUAAACUAACGCUAUAUUUCGUUGCAUACUGAAGCUUCGAUGACUAUUUGGCCGGCGUGUCAAGAAUAACGGGAGCGAAGCCAGGUUGUAUUUCAAGGUUGGAUGAGGCAGUAGUGGAAUGUUCACUGACAUGGACUAUGACCUUGAAGAAGACAAGUUGGGCAUACCCACGGUCCCCGGAACGGUGACUCUGAAGAAGGACGGGCAGAACCUGAUUGGCAUCAGCAUCGGGGGCGGGGCCCAGCACUGUCCCUGCCUCUACAUCGUACAGGUGUUCGACAACACGCCCGCGGCCUUGGAGGGCACGCUGGCGGCGGGCGAUGAGAUCACCGGGGUCAACGGCAAAUUAGUGAAGGGGAAGACCAAGGUGGAGGUGGCCAAGAUGAUCCAGGCUGUACAGGAAGAAGCUGUGAUCCACUACAACAAGCUGCAGGCGGACCCCAAGCAGGGCAAGUCCCUGGACAUAGUGCUGAAGAAGGUGAAGCACCGCCUGGUGGAGAACAUGAGCUCCGGCACCGCCGACGCCCUGGGCCUCAGCCGGGCCAUCCUCUGCAACGACGGACUGGUCAAGAGGCUGGAGGAGUUGGAGAAAACGGCAGAGCUUUAUAAAGGCUUGAUGGAGCACACCAAGAGGCUUCUCAGGGCCUUCUUUGAGCUUUCUCAGACCCACAGAGCGUUCGGGGACGUGUUCUCCGUCAUCGGCGUGCGGGAGCCGCAGGCGGCGGCCAGCGAGGCCUUCGUGAAGUUCGCCGACGCCCACCGCAACAUCGAGAAGUUCGGAAUCCAGCUGCUGAAGACCAUCAAGCCGAUGCUCCAUGACCUGAACACGUACCUCCACAAAGCCAUCCCUGACACCAAGCUCACCAUCCGCAAGUACCUGGACGUCAAGUUUGAAUACCUGUCCUACUGCCUGAAGGUGAAGGAGAUGGACGAUGAGGAGUACACCAGCAUCGCCAUGGGAGAGCCCAUGUACCGGGUGUGUACUGGUAACUACGAGUACCGUCUGGUGCUGCGCUGUCGUCAGGAGGCCCGGGCGCGCUUCGCCAAGAUGAGGAAGGACGUGCUGGAGAAGAUCGAACUGCUGGACCAGAAACACGUCCAGGACAUCGUGUUCCAGCUGCAGCGCUUCGUGUCGGGCAUGUCGCGCUACUACGACGAGUGCUACGCCGUGCUGAAGGAGGCGGACGUCUUCCCCAUCGAGGUGGACCUCUCCCGCACCAUGAUCAACUACGGCGGCCAAUCACAGGCCUACGACGACCAGGAGGACGAGGAGGAGGAGGAGGAGGAGGAGGAGGCGAAGGACAAGGAGGAGGGCGGAGGAGGAGUGGGCAGACAGGCGGAGAACGGCGGCGAGAAGCUGAUUGACGACGAGUGAGGGUCACAGGGUCAUGUGAUCUGUCCCGCCUCUGGUGGUUCUUCUUCUUCUUACCCCCCCCCCCCCCCCACCACCUUGAGAUCUUCCUGCACUGCGAGUUACACUGGAAUAUUACACUGGAAUAAUCUCAGUUAUACCGGAAUAUUACAGUGAAAUGUCCUCAGUAACGCUGGAAUGUUCUGGAUUACACUGGAAUAUUACACUGGAAUAUUCAUAUAGUUACAUUUGAAUGUUCUGUUGCACUGGAAUGUUCUCAGUUACACUGGAAUCGUUUAGGUUACAAUGGAAUAUUACACUGGAAGGUUCACAGUUACAGAGUGAUCUAGUUUAUUAUUCAUUUGUUUAUUAUUCCCAUUUAAAAUUCAGAGGAAUAUUGAUGGUUACACUGGAUUCUAUUAAUGUAAUAUGAGCUACAUUAUGCAUGUUCGUCUGAACCAAAAAUUAAAGCCUUUGAUCCUUCCUGCUCCGAUAGACCUGUGCUACCGCUAGCCCUGUGCUACCGCUAGCCCCGUGCUAUUUCUGAUGAGUGCAGGAAGGGGGGGUAUAUCCCAGUGACUUUAGACUUAUCGUCUAUGGCGCGGUCAGCAGUACUGUCUGAAUGUUGUGUGCCUUCUCUUCUGACUGCCUGUGUAGGAUGUUGUAACAUGAAGGGGUAUAGAUCAUACAUUAGGGUUAACUGACCCUCCGCGCUAAAAGGCAAUAAGUGCUUUUAUAUUUCAGCCAAUGCUCAAGCCUUUAUGAAUGGCAAUGGGAAUUAUUAUAAGUUCUAUACAAACUGAUAACUGAGUAAAAUUACUAAACAUAUCUAGUAUAAAUAAAUAAAUAAAUAAAUAAUGGAUAGUAGGAUAUAAAGACAAGAUUAAAUAAGUCGCAGGUUUGUUACAAACACACACUGGUGUUUUCAGAUGCUCUAUAAUUGAGUGCACUAAAAAUGUAUAGCCUACGUCUCUUUUGCCUUUUCAAAGUUCAUUUUAAAACUUUAAACUAUGUGAUAUAUUGUAUUUAUGAAGGGAAAUCAUUGUGGCAUUAUGACCAAACUAAAGCAUCCUUGUACUUUGAUUUUAUGACGUUCUAUUUUCCACUUUUGUUUUGUUAAAUUAACUUAGUGUGAGGAGCAACCCUUUUCUGUCAUUCCAAGCCUCAUUAUUCAUGAGACUUAGUUAACUAAUUAAACUUGGAGUGAUCUAUCUUUUUAUGUCGGACAGCUUGAGGGAAUUACUGUUUGUGUAUCUGAAAUAUUAUUUAAUGUUUUUGUUUAUUGUAAUAUUGUUGCUAUAUACGGUUGGUAUGAUUUAUUUCAUUGUGGCUUUAAUCACACAGCGUUUGCUUCUGUUUGUGUGUGUGUGUGUGUGCGUGAGUGUAUCAGACAAUAUGAAUAAAAUAUAUUUCUCCCUGCGCCCAGCGUGAUACAUGAUAGAUAUUUAAAUU